UGUUGUAAUGAGAAUCCCUUCCCCGUUUCAUCGAUUCCAUUCUCUCUCUCUCUCUCAAACCCUAGAAGAAUCCCAUCCCUCCCGAUGGAAAUCCCUACAAUAGUUUUUCCUUUCUCAGCCCUAUAACUCCAUGACCUCUCCUCUGUCCAAACCCUAGAAAAAUCUCAUCCGUUCAUCCAUGGAGGGCUCUGCAGAUGAUCUCGGAGCCCCCGAUUCGUGGGAACUGGCGGAUUUGGAAGAGAGCAUGACUCGUCUGAUUCUCUCCUCCAAGAACGAUACAGCAGCAUCGGAAUCCCCUCUGCCCGACUUUCCACUCCCGGAUUCGAUCGACGAAUCAGCUGCGAUUGGUCCGGAUCCCUUCUCUUCUUCGUUGUCGGCGUCGGUCGCUGCUGCGGGUCCGUUUUUGGGGGAUGGAUCGAACCAGGUGGACCCUUUUCUGAAAGAAGCUCUUCAGAAUCCCCGCGAGCGGCUUUCAGUUUUGCGGAUGGAGCAAGAUGUCCUGAAGUUCAUUCAUGAUCCCACACAACAACAGCUAGAGUUCCAGCAACUGCCAACAUCCUAUUUAAGAUUGGCAGCCCACCGUGUAGCACAGCAUUAUGACCUGCAGUCUAUGGUCAUGUCGCACAACAAUUCAUCUGAUAGAAUUGUUGUUCGCAAAACUUCUGAGUGCCAGCUACCUCUGAUUCGUCUGGCUGAUAUUCCAGUAGAUCUACCACAGGAAGACAGAAACAAUGUUAUUAAGAUUGCAAUUAAGCAGAGACCACAAAAACGCUCGCAAGCCACCAAUAAUGCAAAUGCCCAUUCUUCUAAGGCAAAUCAUUCGAAAAGUGUGGAGGAAAGGAAGGAGGAAUAUAACAGAGCACGUGCCCGAAUAUUCAGCAGUAACAUCAGUGGCGGCUCUGAAGGACCCACAGUGCCAGAUAGUUUGCAGCACUCUUUAUCUUCAGCAAGGGUAGAGGAGAAAGCCAGUACUGAAGGACCUGAAAUAGUUAGCCUUGGAAGGGGUUCGGGAGAUUCUUCUAUAGGCAGCAACAGCAGCAGCAGCAGCAACAGCAGCAGCAGCAGUAGCAGCAGCAGCAGAUCAAGUAGAAGUAGGACAGAAAAGGAGCCUGUCACAAGAAACAAGGGGAACAACAGAGUGGCUAUCUUUCGCGACCGUGAGGUGGACCGCAAAGAUCCUGACUAUGAUAGGAGCUACGAUAGGUACAUGCAGAGAUUUGAUCCUGGGUUUGGGUUUAGUGGAGGACAAUACACCAUGCAGCCUAUGUAUUCUCCUGCGUUGAAUUACAAUACUGAAUUUCCACAGCUUGGAUCAGCUCAUAGGCCUCAGAUAUCCAUUGAACAUCAGCCUCGACCAAUUCCUCAACACAUGCGGGGACCGUGGCCAACGGCAUCAACCCCUACCACAAUCAGCUAUGGCCCUCCUGGGAACAUUAUGGCGCCAUACAACUCAACAUCGGCUAUCUAUCUGCAUUCUUCUCAGUAUGCUUGCCCUCGCCCUGGAAUGACAUUCCAUCCUCAUGAACAUGUUCACCAACCCUUUGCACAGUCUCAUCAGCAGCAACCUGAUGCAAGUUUUGGAUUAGCUCGGCCCCGAUGAGGGGCUUGGGCUGUGCCUGCACCUGCCAGUACAGACCGGAGCUUGAAUGUGAAAUCAUUCAUAGUCACAGCUGUGAUGCUCAUUGUCUGCUGGCAGGAGUGCAGGCAUAUCAGCCGAGGACGGCUGGAACAGGCACCUCCAUCUUUGAACCGUAUUGUUCUGUUCCACCCUCGGUUCAGAUGCUGCUUCUUGCAGCUUCAGCACAGAAAAGCGCUUCAUUCUUGAAGUUUCACUUUUUGAAUGAGCUCAGAGCCUCAGGAUCCUCUUCAUGGCUGAUGAAGAACAAAAGAAAACUGCAUUACCUGGAGCUUUGAUGUGUAUUCUUGGUUAGGAUGAUGAAAUCUCUUCCUCCUUGAUUCUGCAGCAACACUUUAUACAAUCUGGUGCCCCUUUCUUCUGAAUGGAUGGUUUCCAUUUAGCAUCCGCCCAUUGCUAGAGAGGAGGCGGGUCUGUAUCUUUCGGCUUCUGGAAGGUGAUGGUGCACCUUCUCUCUCAAACUUGUGUUGAAAACAUGUUAAUGGAGAAUGAAAGGCUAAGAUGAAUGAAAGGUUACUACCAUGUAUCAUAUCUCUACUGUUUCAUGCAUUAUAUGUAAUGCAAUCACUGAUUACUGUUCUUCCCAAUGAUAA